UGUAGAAAUACUCGGGAAGUUCCUCCAGACAUUCAUGCUGCCUCUGACUCGGAUGAUUGAUUUGACAUCCGUCAUCCAUCACGGCAGUACCCAACAGACGAACCACCACAGUUUUCACCGUCUUCAGAAAUAUGGUGGUCAGCACCCUGUCUGCUUCAUCAUCACCUCUACGUGGAGAGCCAUCUGAUGAAGAUCCUGAAGAAGAAGAAGUUGGUGAGUCGGGUGGCUCAGAUGAUGCUGAAGAAGAACCCGGUGAAGAUAGUGAACCUGGUGAGAAGAUCAGUGACAGUGAGUUGGGUGGUGCUGAAGAAGAAGGAUGUUCAGGACACCCAGCCGGAGGGACUGGUGACAACGGCGGUAAUGUCAGUGAUGGCGGCGCUGAAGAUGGACGAGCAGGUUGCACAGUCCAAGGGAUCGGUGAAGAUGGUGGUGUAAGAGCAGACAUUGAUGGGCUGUCUAAGAAGAGCAGUUUGUCAGUGAGAAAAGUUGAGCGCUGGUUCAGAAGAAGACGCAGUCAGGACCGUCCUGGAGUCCUGAAGAAGUUCAGAGAGGCCAGCUGGAGAUUUAUGUUCUACUUGUUGGCAUUCAUUGGAGGAAUAGUAGCACUUUACGAUAAAGAGUGGUUUUAUGACACUCGGGAAGUAUGGACAGGUUUUCCAAAGCAGUCCAUGCUGGAGUCUCAGUACUGGUACUACAUCUUGGAGAUGAGCUUCUAUGGCUCUCUUCUCUUCAGCGUUGCCUUUGAUGUCAAGAGAAAGCAACAAGGUCAAGGUUCAAAGGACUUUAAGGAGCAAAUCAUCCACCACUUGGCCACCCUGGUCCUCUUGUCAUUUUCCUGGUGUGUCAACUACAUUCGUAUAGGAACGCUGGUCAUGCUCAUCCAUGAUGCCUCUGAUGUUUUGCUGGAGUCUGCUAAACUGUUCAACUAUGCCAAAUGGGAGAAAACCUGCCAGAGUCUUUUUGUUCUGUUUGCCAUAGUGUUUAUGGUUACACGACUGAUCAUCUUCCCGUUUUGGCUGAUCCACUGUACCUGGGUCUAUCCUGUUCACCACUACCCCGCCUUCUUUGGCUACUACUUCUUCAAUGUGAUGCUGGUGGUCCUCCUCUGUCUGCACAUAUUCUGGGCCUACCUCAUUCUCUGCAUGAUCAGAAAAUUCAUGUUUGGCACUCUUACCAGAGAUGAGAGAAGUGACAAUGAAGACGAGGAGGAGAAUGAGAGCAGCCUGACAGAGGAUGAAGAAGGACAGCACAAGCUUGACAAUGGGUUGGCAUUUGAUGAGAAGGAGGACCAGAACUUUGGAUGCUUGUCUCCACCAGAAAACAUCUACCAGUCAAAGAAUGACUCACGCUGAGUAUUAUCAGUAGAGCCAAAGAUGUGAGAAACAGAACAGUGCUAAAUACAUUUCAUCCAAUAUGGACCAAUAAAAUAUGCAAAAUGUGUGAUUUAUUCCAGAUGCUGGAACAUGACCUAGCCCAAAAAGCAUUACUGUUCUCACAGUGCUUUGAACUGAGAUUUGAAAUCAACUUCUACGGUAUAUGCCAUGUACUUUUUUGUAUCUUUUAAUUAUUCCCAUAGAUAACUUGACAAACAAUGGGACGUUCCAGUGAUGAUCUUUCCAGUAAGUCUGCAAUGAGUUUGAUAGAACAUUUUUAUUCAUCUAAAACAUACAUUUGGGGUGUUAAUUGGAAUCAGAUGAGAAAAAUGUACAUGCAUUUCAUGUCUUUGUGUCCAGAUAAAUUCAAAUAAUAACUUUUAGUGGUGAGGGUCAAUGUGAUGUAGAUUUUGUUGUCUCUUGUCAUCACUGAUGCCUGCUGGGGUCGCACAGACAUCUGUGCACUGCCCAAAAAUGACUGCCCAAAUGAAGACCACUCUGAGUGUAUUCAUCAACUGCAUAUGUGGAAGUGCAUGCAGACAACCAGUGUACUGUAGCAAAAACAGAACUCCAUCUACCAUCCACCCUGCUUUCAUCAUCUGCAUCUGUUUUGGAGUAUGUCAGGGCCCAUGCCUGGCCAGAGUUGCGCCUUUUAGGGGACUCCCAACCUGUUAAGGUACCUCUACCUGCCCCGUCCUUUCUCGUAUGUCACCUCCAAGUUCCCAUCAUGUUCAGUGUACACAAAGUCUACAAAACCCACCAGUGCUCCUGUACUGGAAUAAUACAAUGUACCUCCUGGAUUUCUGUUUGUCAAAUAGUUUGUACACAGUUUUAUUAGAAUUGUGCACUAUGCACAACAUAAAUUAAAAGGUCUUUAAACUGGAUUUUGGUGCUACAAGAUUCAGUAAACGUGCAGGACUUGGUUUGGUUGAUCUUGUUCUUAGGUUUGGUAUUGUCUAACAAAUCUGCAAUUCAUCAAUUACCAUGCAGGAAACAUGGGACUUUUGGAGACAGGGAUCUGGAAUUUUGGUGCAUCCAGCUUUGGGCCCAGACGUCCAGGGGUGUAUUCUAGAAAGUGGGGGUAGUGACAACUCUGAGUUUGUUCACCCUGAGAUGAGGGAAACUCUAUGUUUUCAGUGCCUGAAAGAGAGCUAACUUGAACUCUGGGUCAAUUACCAUGGUAACUUACUUUGUGAAGCUAACCUGCUCACCGGCAUGUUUUCUUCAACAGACCCUGAGUUUCUGUCUGUCUCCUCCCUCUAACAGAGCCAGACACGCUACUUGAUUUCCUCAUUCAUUCAGUCCGUAUCAAAACAUGUAUUGAAGCUCAUUCAUUAGUGAAGGUUUCCUGUCUGUCAAAUAAAAAUCCGCAGUUCAGAAUAAAA